CCUAGCUGGUGGAUCAGCCUUUGUAUUAUCCAGUCCCUUCAGCUGUUUGUUUGUAUCACAGAAAAUGAAUGGAUUAAGGUGAAGACCUGGUCUAAUGCUAGAAAUCCGUGGAGGAGUCUGAAGGAGAUCACCCCAUCGACACUUUUGUCUGAACAUUGUUUUAUGGCGUCGGGUCUAUCGCCACCUGUUGGCAAGUGUCGGUAUCUGCAAGCAGUGCGUUCGCUUUCUCAAGCCCUCAGACCCAUAGUGUCGCUACCUGGAACACCAACCUACAGAUUAGCCAAGGAACUACACCAAAGACUAAAACACCUAGUAGAAGACUCCCACCACUCCAUUCGCUCCACCCAAGAAUUCCCGAACACCAUCAAUAACACAAAGAUAGUAGAGGAUGAAAUAAUGGUCUCCUUUGACGUAACAGCCCUGUUCACAUCCAUCAACAUCAACCUGGCUAAAGAAACACUGACGACACUAUUAGAAGAACCGAAGACACAUACACCAGACACCACCAGCCUCAUCAGCAAGGACAACAUCAUCAAGCUAGUGGACCUAUGCCUCACCACCCACUUCACUUUCACUAAUAAAACCUACAGACAAACCAACGGUACACCCACGGGAUCUCCGAUAUCAGGGUUCUUAGCAGAGGCAGUAAUGCAGAGACUCGAACAAACAGCUCUGCCAACCAUCCAACCCAAACUUUGGGUCCGCUAUGUUGAUGACACCUUUGUCAUCAAUAAACAAAACAAAUUAGAGGAAACCUUCAAGACCAUCAAUAAUACCCUUUACUGGCAUAACAUUCACAAAAGAGGAGGAAAACAACAACAAUCUGCCAUUCCUAGAUGUCACAGUAGAGCGAACAGUCAAUGGGGAACUUCAAACCAGCGUCUACAGGAAAACAACACAUACGGACCAAAUACUGAACUACAGGAGCAACCAUCCCAACACCCACAAACGAAGCUGCAUUAGAACAUUAUUCCAACGAGCCACCACACACUGCAGCACAGAGGAACUACGAAGAGCAGAAGAAAAUACAGCGUAUUCAAAAAGAAUGUGUACUCAGCAACAAACCCAAACAAACAGACAAAACGGGCCCAGAAACCAUAACCACGCUCCCCUACAUCAAAAACAUUUCCGAAAUGACUGCCAGACUACUCGGACCUCUUGGCAUCAGCUUCCAUCGUGAAUAUGAAUCUGACCAAUCCUAGUUUCAUUUGUGAUGUGUCCUAGCUGGCAACUAGGCAACAUCAAAAAUGUGAUGUCGUCUCUUCUCUGUGUUUGUAGUUCCUCAGGCCUCUGAUUGUUUCGGUGAUGAAAACAGUAAAAUGGGCAACAAGUCCCGAGAAUAGUGUAGACCUCCAAUUGUACAGUACCUCCUCAGAUCUUUGCUUGGGGACUUUGCACAUCACGUUGGUGCCAGUUUCUGCUUCUCAACUGGUCAGUCACUGAAACGGCUGGAGCUCGAGAUCACCCACAUACACUGUAUCUGCAGGUUCAGCUCAAACAAUUAUAGCAACGACGUAUCUACCUCUCACCCACCAGACCUUUAUUAUGAGAUUGCAUUUACACAGCACCAUCAAUGCUUCACCUCGGUUCCACUCGGCUGUGAUACCGUACUGUCCAAUCAGAGUGGUGUGUCCCUUUUGAUCUUUUGAUUUUACAUUUUGUAUCUGACACCUAUCUCACUACCCCGGAUGAAGGAGUGAUGCUCUGAAAGCUUGUGGUUUCAAAUAAACCUGUUGGACUAUAACCUGGUGUCACGUAAUUUCUGACCUUGCCUGCACCAGUCCAACCCCGUCCCCAGCGGGUGAUUUUGCACAGUUUGCUGACGUCUGUUUCCCUGAAUCAACGGAUCAACAUCAGAAUGUACAUUGAAAAGAUACUAGCUCGGGGCCAUGCGGAUGCAUUGCUUUGGGUCAAGUUCUCCAAUUUAACCCACGCAAAAUUCAUGACAAGAUUGAAUUCAACAUACACCCAUCAGGACCCUCUCUUCCCCUGCUCCACACAGAGUGAGACAGAGACAAGCAGCGGGAUUUGACCCCUCUUCGUAAUUCCCCGCUGCCUGUAGAAAGCGGCCACUGCAGCUUCGAUCAGCGGCUUCCUGCUCGUCC